AGCCAUCACGAAUAUCUGAGCUCAGUGGGUAAUAUCAUAAUCACGUUAAUUGAUGGGAUGCGAAAAUGGUUCUUCUUACUAUGACGGCGACUAUAGUCGAAGCUUUGCAGACCCUCCAUGAAGCCGAAACUUCUCAUUCUCAUGAAGAGCUGGCACAGCUGUCUAGUCAACAGCAAAUGGGAAAGGAAAUCGAAGGGAGCAUCCUGACGACCUCCCAGGAAAACGAAGCCCAGCUGAGCAAGAAAGAUAAAGAGACAGGAGGUGAAGAGAGAGAUGUAAAGGCGACAGAGGAUAGUGACCCGACUGAUUUGCCAGUUCAGCAGGAUGUGCCCACAUUGAGUUCGGGUGAUUCAAAGUCGGUAGGAAAUGCAAAGGUAUCGCAGGAACCACUACUAGCAAAUCCCAAAAUUGGGAAUCCCAUAUCUCAUGGUCAAAUCAUUGAUCUAUGGCGAGACAUAAAGAAGCAGAAUAUUUCAUCACUUACCUUGGAGUUAUUACUUCGAGGUUCUCGUGUUUAUGUUCCACCCCCAGUACCAAAGGCGGAGCCUGUAAGUCACAAUCCAACAAUCUGCCAUUGUCCAUUCAUUUUCCAAGGUUGUCUAAAAUGGUCUUGAUAAAUUUAUUCACCUGAUCAAAUACAAUACCCCUGCCAGGAAAUCUGACGAUAUCUAAGCUAAUAUUCAACGUUUGUAGACAUCAGAAUACAAAGCUCUUAUGGCACGACUUCGUCGUGAAGAAGAAGCUCGAACGUACGAACGAAUGAUAAAUCCACCGCCUCCUAUGGAGACAUUUGCACAAAUAUUCCCAUCUGCCUCUGCCGCUCAUGCAUUCAGUGCCAACUUUUCAGAACCUGGUAACUCUGAGGAUGAUGACGUUACAUAUGCGGAUAUUGAUCGACAAAUUGCUGUUAUAUUUAAUGUAAUAGUAUCUAUUGUUGCUUGUGCGUUUGGGUUAUGGAUGGCUGCAAGAUGGUGGAGCACACCAGCUCGAUUAGCCUUGAGUAUGAGUGGUAGUCUACUUGUUGGAAUUGCCGAAGUGGUGGUUUAUAUGGGUUACAUCAGACGGGUUGGAGAAGCAAAGGGACAAGCAAAGAAGCUACUAGAGGUCAAGGAGGUAAUGAAAACUUGGGUAGUUGGUGGCGAUGCAAAAGUUGAACAAGUAGAGCCUGUCAUGCUUGUGGAGAAAGAUGACAAUGAAGAUGCGAAGCCUCGCCGAAGAAAGAAUAUUUGAGACAAGCUCAGUAAGCUUUGUUUGGAAUUCUUCAAGGUAUGCUCUAUGCUGCUCUAUCUUUGUUAUAAAGUCACACGGUUUUGUUGGCUCUGUAACAAAAUGGGAGUUUCGCGGCUUACGGCAGGUUGCAACCCGUUAUGAGUUUAAAUUAGACAUACAUUAGUCUACCAUGUUUAUUCGAAAUAUUCUAGGUAAGCAUUUAUCCUAAAAUGUAGAAAAAUAUGCGGGAAAGAUUUUGAGACAAGCGGCUAAUUGACGAAACAGAGGAAUGCAGAGGAAUGCUUCAUCGCAUCCCACGAGAUUUAGCGCUAAGGUUAGAGCAGGGUCAGCAAGACAUAAGCUUCGAGUAUCAUGAGGAUAUAUAUUCAGAUAAUAUCAUCAUAAAAUUCUUAUAGCAUUCACUCACAUUUUCUGGAGUAAAUAACAAUACACUUUUGUUUGAAUCACCAUCACGAGAUUUCAUUCCGAAUCCAACCAAUAUCUAUUUUUAGAUCCAGAUUAUCCCAUUCCAACAAAUACAUCAAGCACAUCGCAAGACUCUCAAAUUCUUCUCCAUCCAUCUUUUCGUCUCUACAAGCUCUUCACUUACGCCAGUACUCAGUUCAGUACCAUCAAUUACCGAUUUCCUGCAAGAAUUUUGUUUCCCUAGGGUUUUCAAGAAACGGAACAUCAUUUUCGUUCAGCCACAAUCAGUAACGAUCAGUUGCUGGCUCUCAAAAGGACUUGAAUUUUUUCAAUUUUGAGCUGGCGUUUUCGAUAAGAUCAUGGAUUCUGUCCGUCAAUAUCAAGAACAAUUGAAAUCUCUGGAGCAUGAGAACAAUCUACGACAAGCCCGGGCCCAAAAUGCAAAGACAUCACAAAAUAGCUCUUUCGUGUGUGGUUCCGUGGGAUCCCCUUGCCUCUUGGACACACAGUUACAAAUGUUACGUAGGAAUAUGACUUCUGAUUCUGAUGGAGGGAAGACCAAGUCGACGACAUCAAGGUGAUGUCUUCAUACAAGUCUUCUUCGCAGGAAUGGAAGACUCGUUUUAGUUAUGGCAGGAAUUGAUUUCUUGCUGUUCAACAAGCAUUAGACGAGGCUGAGCGUUGGAGUUUCCGAUCUGAAGGGGGAAAAAGUCAAUUAUUUCGUACCUGUUAUGUGCUGGCAUUUAACACCCUAAAGUUAAUAUUAGGAGAUGGAUUCGUAGUCAUGUUGGUUCGUGCAUUUGGAGAAUUUCAAGGCGUUUUGCCUCUUUGCUUUAUUAUUGUUUUAUAAAAGUUUGGAGAGGACCAUAUUGAUUUAAUAGACCUCAAAAUGUAUUC